AGAAAAAAACACCAGAAUUUUGUUCGUCGAUAAUGGCGGCCAGCUGUCGCGUUUCGUAGAACCGUUCAAAUAAAAGUUUCUCUUUUUCAUCGAUUCUAACUCAUUUGUAGUUUUGUUGUUCACAAUUCGUAAGUGUACAGAGCCGCGUCGUCACGUAGCGACAAAUUCGCAUCGUUGACCUUCCCAUUUUCAUCGAAAUUUCAUCCGCAAUUCAGCGGAGUUUACACCAAACUCAGGGGAUUUGUCAUCAGACUGAAAUCCACUCGUUCAUUUCGUCCCCUGCCGCCAGUGCAUCGGUCACACUCAGCGAGAGUUUCAUAUUGGAAUAGACAAUGGAAAUAAAUAAGACAACGUUAGGAAUUGCAGCCGGCGUGGCCGGGACACUGUUCCUUGGCUAUUGCAUCUAUUUCGAUAAAAAGCGACGCAGCGAUCCCGAUUACAAGAAGAAAAUCCGCGAUAGGAGGCGCCGACAGCGUAAGAAUGGAAACGGCGGAGGUCGCAGCGAAAUGCCGAAUUUAAAUGAUCACGAGGCGAUCGAAAGAUACUUCCUACAAGAAAUUCAACUGGGCGAAUCUCUAAUUGCCACCGGUGACUUCGAACGUGGCGUCGAACAUUUAGCAAAUGCAAUUAUAGUUUGUGGUCAACCGACUCGGCUGCUGCAAAUUCUUCAAAGUUCACUGCCCGCCCAAGUAUUCGCCAUGCUAAUACAUAAAAUGCAAGAGCAUGGAAGUCGUGCCGCUGCUGCUGAAGAGACUAAACAACGUAUUGUAGCCGCUUCCGCUUCAUCAGGCGGGACCUCGUCAUUGGCGCUCGGUGGCGGUCCGCUGGACGAGCUCGAGUAGUAGUUAGAACACUAUUGUAUAUUUAAUGAAGAAAAAACCGAUAUCUUUUGCAUGUGCAUUGAAAAUAGUGAAACCAAACUUAAAUUCUAAUUCGUCUUGACUAAAUGCAACAACAACAUCGUAGUCGGAAGAGAAACAAAACAAAAUAAUGAGUGUAGAAUUCAAAGAUUUCAAUAUAUAUUUGAGAAUAUGAAGCAAAAAGCCUAUAAAAAACGUAAAAUUUAAGAAAUUUUCUUUACAAAAAAAUGUUAAAUUUUCGUACAGUUAGAACUGUUGCAAUUGUUGGUAUUGAUAAGUCACCAUUAGUAUUCAUUCAGUGCUUGUGUAGAAAUUGAGAACGUUACUUGUCUUUCGAUGGGGAAAAAGAAUAAUUCCAAAGGUGUUAGGCGUCAAAAUUUAUGUAUGUGUAGAGCGUUGCGUCAUUGCUUCAUAUAUACUUUUCUCACCUACAACACCGUAACUGGCUAAUCUCGUACCAUUAAAUUCUCUUCCACCUCCAAAUUCACCUAGCCAUUGCAACAACUACAAUUUUAUUUGGCUUUUUGUACUAUCAUUUCGAUAAUCGACGAUGAUGCGAAUGGAUCAAUCUUACUUUUUCUGACGGAACCCAUUUUCAUUUUCAUUAGAUUAUAAAAAUUCCAAAAUGAACAAUUUCUCGUUAUUUCAAUAAAAGUUUUGUUUUUUUAGUA